AUGGAUAAGCAAGAUGUGUACAUAAUCAGCGUGGAUAAGCCAGACGUGUAUAAUCUCGCCUGCGCAUCCCUUACGCUGAUAGCCGCAAAACAGAUUGACGCCCUGUGGUCAGAUCUCACUUGGCCGAAGAGGCCGCUGCCACUGCUGGAGGUUGGCUGCGGGACCGGUGACGUCGCCAGGAAGGUUUUAGCCCCACGGCUGCCACCUUGCACGAAGCUGGUGGCCUGUGACACCAGCACAAAGAACCUGGAGUUCUGCAGGCUCCACAACGCGCUGCCCGGCACCAUCGUGUACGAGGAGCUGAAUGUGUUCAAGCCGGACCUGCAGAACUCCGCUGUGUGGCAGUACGCGCCCUUUGGCAAGGUGUUCUGUUUGAUGCUGUUGCACUGGGUUCCCGACAACAGGCAUGCUGUCCAGAAUAUUUACAAACUAUUGGUACCUGGUGGAGAAGUUGUCUUCAGCGUAAUAGCUAACAUGGUGUUUAGCGCUGCGUUUGAAGACAUGGCGAAAGACUCGCGCUGGUCAGAGUACAUGCAGGACUUGAAGAAGUUCAUAUCUCCGUACGAGCACUGUGAGGACCCAGUCAGCGAGUUCAGUCAGUUGCUGAAGAAUGAAGGUUUCCAGGUCCUCCGCUGCUACGUGGCUCCGCAGAGGGUCCUCUUCCCGAGCAAGGUACAGCGCAGAGACCCACACACAGAACUCGCACCAUAUCACAUCAGUCCACAGGUACUCGACACCACACUGCCCUCACUACUCCGUGCCCUGGAGCCAUCUGCACUUGCUGCCAGUUAG